AUGAAAAAGUGCUAUCUGCGUUAUUUAAAAUUAAUCGCAAAAUCAAAAAAACCACACACUAUCGGUGAAAAGUUAUUGAAACCUUGUUUACUAAAUGCUGUUGAAGAAGUCUUAGGUGAGGAAGCUAAAAAUAAAAUACAAAAAAUUCCAUUAUCGAAUAACACCGUAAAAGCUCGCAUUGACAAAAUAUCUUUCGAUAUGGAAGAACAAUUAGUGGUAAAAAUAAAAAACUCACCUUUUUACGCAUUGCAGUGUAAUAAAAGUACUGACGUUUCGCAAUGUUGUCAGUUACUGGUUUUUGUUAGAUUUUUGGACGAUGACAACACAAUAAAAGAAGAGCUUUUGUUACUGCAGGAAUUGGGUACUACGUCGAAAGGAAGUGAUGUAAUGAAGAUAAUAAAUGAUUAUUUUGAAAAACACGAUAUUAUGUGGGAAAAGCUUGCAGGUUUUUGUACGGAUGGAGCUCCAGCUAUGCUAGGAUCACGUUCGGGCCUAGCAACCUUGGUUAAAGAAAAAAUCUGUUCAGUAUUGACAACGCAUUGUGUAAUUCAUCGACAAGCAUUAGCUUCAAAAACAUUACCUGAAGAACUCAUAUAUACUUUAAAACAGUCCGUAAAAAUGGUGAACGCUAUCAAAAGUAGUGCACUAAAUACUCGCAUUUUUAAAAUAAUAUGCUCGGACUUGGAUUCUGAAUAUGAAACUUUGCUUUUUCAUACCGAAGUCCGAUGGCUUUCGAAAGGAAACAUGUUGACAAGAUUAUUUUCACUUAAGGAGGAGGUGACAGUGUUUAACUGA